AUGGCGGAGGUCGGGGGCCCGCCGCAGGACCCCCCGACGACGGCACCGGCGGGAGCUGUGGCCAACGCGGGAGGGGAGACAAUCCUCGCGACGCUCAGCCACGGCGGCCGCUUCAUCCAGUACAACAUCUUCGGCAACAUAUUCGAGGUCACCGCCAAGUACAAGCCCCCGAUCAUGCCCAUCGGGAAGGGCGCCUACGGGCUCGUUUGGUAUCUGAUGCUGUCCACCCUGGCCUGGUUCUGAUUUGCUCCUCGCUCCUACGCCUUUGCUGAUUGGGGAGUGACCUGCUUUUUCCAGCUCGGCUUUAAAUUCAGAAACGGGUGAGCAAGUUGCGAUCAAGAAGAUUGCGAAUGCAUUCGACAACAAGAUCGACGCCAAGAGGACUCUUCGUGAAAUAAAGCUACUUCGGCAUAUGGAUCAUGAAAACGUCAGUGCGCACGGGGACAUAUCUGUGCCUAACCUAUCGAAUUCCUUGUUAUUAUUUCGGGAUCUUCUUUUUUUCCCGUGAAUUGUACAAUAUCUUGCUUGCAUUUCUAAUCUAGUGAAGACUGGACCACCUUGUAGCGCUGAAACAUUCCUGAUUCAUCCUAGUCUAGUGGCAUUGAUGUCGAUGUCAGUUGAAAAAAAUAGAGUCAGCCCAGGUUAAUGCAGUCAGAUAGAUGUGAUGAAGCCUCAAGGAAGGGACGAGAUAAGAAGGAAGCACAGGUUGGUAUUGACUGAAGUUUGCAGGUGGGAGAGGUAUAGUGGCGAACGGUUGGUGCCCAAUGUUAAAAUGCUUACUAGAGAUUGCUUAUCUACGUGAAAGGGGGGCUGGGAAAUAAUUUUAGACUUUCUCAUGAGAUGGCAGAUGAGAAAUAGUUUUAUUUACCCCAAAAGUAACAGACUGAUUCAUUUACAUUGGGAUUUUUUUGUGUUUUAUCUAAUCUGAGGCUCAUAUGUGAAGAAAAUGUGAAGUAAGAUUGACUGAAUCAAUAAAUCCUUCGUUUGUGCUGUAAAGUUGAAGAGCAUCUGGAUAUUGUCUUGGUGUUGUAGAUUGUAUGGUUGGUGCAUAUAAGAAAGGUGGCGUGAUGGUCAGAAGAUUUCGCUAGACAGUUGGUAAAUUGGUGAAUUCCAACAUGGUUUAUGGAAGAUGAGCUCCAAAUAUUUCAUGAUUACAAUAGUGAUUAGACAUCAGUUUUGUACUUGGGAUACCUGUGUAACCAACAAAGAUUGUCGAAGUGACUAGUUCCUGAGUCCUUUGCCUUUAGAAGAGCUGUCUUCAUGUGAUUUGAACAUUGGUGAUGGUGACUUAGAUGUCUUAUCACAGCCAGGAUGGCCAUUAUGAUUUGAAAUCCUGAUAAUCCUUGGAUUCAUUUUUGUGGGUGAUCCAUUAAUGUGACGUACUCUGUUAAGUUUCCUUUCGAUAUGGCUGAUGGCUUGAGGUAAUGACAUUGCAUGUGACUGGUGGUAAUAAUUAUGCGACACAUCAGGUCAACGCCUGGGGAACAUAUUUACUGCACUUUGAUAUCAUCUUUCUACAACCUGUUUGAACUUGUAUCUUUAAAUUUCCUUCAGUAAUGAGGUUGCGACAUUUCAUUUUUUUGAUAGAAGCGCUAUAGGACUAGCGUCUAUCAAGGUGUUAGAUAAUUUGUCUUAAGCAGUGUAGAAAUGAAACAUUAAAGGUGGUAGGAAGUGUUUACAUGAACUAUUUAUCUUACGAAAUUGAUAAGCCAUAGUUAUCAACAGAAUUUUGAGGACAUUUCACCCUCUGAUUUCUCGUUUGUAUUCUCAACGACAUUUUAUUUAUACUUUGGCAUUCCACAUUAUGCUGCACGAUUUCCUUGUUUCUUGGUUCAUUAGUAAGACAAUUUUCACGUACCAUUAAUCAUGUUUUUAGUCUUCUCCUUAAAUCUGACAUUAGGAUGAUAGGGUGGCGCCCAAGUAAUCAGACGCCCCAAGUAAUCAAACUUCUAUGUUCCUUCUUAUUUCUCUUUCCACAUUAUGGAGAAACUUGUAAAAUAUUAAAAAAAGAGGGUGCUUUUGUCCUUUGUAACUACUUGCGUGUUUAGUAUGUCCAUCAGAUAACACAUUGACACUCUUCCCCUUUCAGACAUGUUCGUUUCUGCACAGUACACUAUGUAUGACGCUUGGUCUACGUUUAAGGGCAUUUCAAAGAUUAAUGCACUCUUCACGGGUAGCAAGAGAUACCAUUUAAAGUCACAUUUACCCAGUUCAACGUAUUAUUUUGGGUAAUCUUGCAAUUAGUCAAUCAUGGUCUAGAACAUUGUAUGCUCAAGACUAAAUUAGUCGUUGAUUCAGAGCAAGGAUCAUGCAUACCCCUGUUCAUAUAAGUGCUCAGCCCUGCUCGGAUUUGCAUGGUGACUUGCAGCAUUGAACUUAUUCUUGUUACACAAUUUGUGAAUUGAUUCCACAAGUUCAGGGCCUUUGUUUCUUAUUUCUGAUAACUUUCAUCCACAACUUUUCUUCAUAAAUUCAUUCAGUACUCUGCUUAGCUUCUGUGGUAUUGUACUGCUGCUGAUACUACGAUUUUUGCUAAGUCGUCGUGAGCUCUUGAAGAAUAAUUUUGAAAUAUCUGCAAAAAAGAAAUAAUUCUACAAAUACAAAAAUCAGUUUGUGCCCACGAUUAAAGGAGUUUAUAUUGGCCGAGAUUGAUUUAAUAAAUGUUUUAGCAUUGUCUAUCACACUGUAAUUGUGAUCCCCUUAUGGACUAAUUUCAGCAUUGAAACCACCUGUUUAUACACUGUCAUCUAGACUUAGAUGUCCAUUGAAAUCACCAUCAAUCAAACUCCUCUCGGUUUUAGCUGCAUUUAUUUAUCUAUGCCCUCUUAAAUAUGUCAUUAAACCCCUAAAAUAUAAUUUAGGUUCAUAAUUACCUACUACUCUAAGUAAAAUUAUUUUCUCCUUAUUCUAAUUUUAUGUCCAUAAUCCUCUAGAUGAAACAAUGAUUCACUCGUCUCAUUUGAAUAUAAAUUUGUCUCUGGGCCAAUUCCUAAUUUAUGUGGUAAAGUCUGUAUCCAUGCCCAAUCCAUUUGUUCUGAUCCUCAGCUUAGUUUGCUUCUCGAAGACCUGAUGCAUUUGCUUUGAAUCUUCUCAAUUUUUUUGCUACCUUCUUCUUGUUUCCUUAAGGUCCCGAUUCCGUUACCAAGGAAAUAGAAGUUGCUCUGUUGCCUUUCUCGCUUCUCUUGAGAGCUGCUGACGAUUGAAGUAUCAGAACCGAGCUUCGUUUUAGUAUUUUGUUUACCAGGAAAUGGCCUAAGAAAUUCAUGCUUCUCAUGUCAUUGGGGUCGUUACGUAGUACAUAUUGUUGAGGGGAUACCUCAACAUGAUGUGAAUGAUGAGGUAAUUCAUGUUCUAUGUGAGGGAAUAUGAUAGAAUCUUUCAGAACUCAAUGCCCUUCUUUAAAAUAAUUCUUUCUCUGGUCAGGAUUUGAAGCAAGUUGAAAAUUGUCAAUAAAUAUAAAAUUCACGUAAAUAGCUAUCAUAAAAAAAUUCUACUGUUGUUGUUUUCAAUUUAAUGAGGUUAUGAAAAGAGUAAAGCAAAAGGGUUCUGUCAUUGGCUACUUUAUCCUUUUCAACUCAGCGCUAUGUGUGAAUCUAAUAUUAAAUUCCAGAUUCAUUAUUUUUGUUCUUAAAAUAAUGACACAGAUCCUUUCCUUUUAACAGCGCUUCUAGCUAAAGAACAUUUGCUGCUAAGAUGUUUUCUUCUUUCUUUGAGAGACCGGAGAUUAGUCCAUACUACUGUUAUUUUUGCAAUUAUAGGAGCUUAUCUGUAGCAAUAAGACAUCACAACGUGCAGUUAAGUCAUCCUGCAUCAAAGGAACUGUUGUUUAGAUCAUUGACUUAGUCUUGUGGUACAAAUGUGUACUACUAUAAAUUUUGACUGUUUUUCUGCUGGCAUUAUUUCUCCUGUACCACAGGUUGUGGCCAUCAGAGACAUAAUACCACCUCCAGCUCGGGAGACAUUUAAUGAUGUAUACAUUGCAUAUGAGUUGAUGGACACUGAUCUGCAUCAAAUAAUUCGUUCAAAUCAAGCACUAUCUGAAGAGCACUGCCAGGUAGAUAUUUGGAAUGUGAUAACAAAUGGCUAUCAUUAAAUAUGAUUGUAUAGCUUACGCUCAUCUCCUGUAUUCCACAACCUCUUUUCAGCACAUUAUCUAGAUUUUAGCCAUGGCUUAAGGAAAUUUUGAACAGGAAUAAAAAAAUGCUGAUGCUCUUGCUCAACAGUUUGUUAUUCUUGGAAUAAUUUUUAUAUUAGAUUUCUGAUUCUGAUUCUAGAAAAUGUAUCCGUAAAUAUUACCAUUGUGGUUCAAACUUUUUAUUUGAAUUUUCUUCUCUGAUUGUGUAGUGAAUGCAUAGUGAGUGCCAAUGGCCAAAAAGGAAAAAUCUCAAGAAGAUGAGUUAAAUAGGCGAUGCUGUUGUGGGAAACAUUAUGAACACAUGGCUUCUGGGACGAUUGAUUAGAAUGAAAUGUUGUGUUACUGUCAGAAAAUUUUCAGUGUCUGGCAUAAUUUUUUUAAAAUAUAGAAAUUAUUUUUGAAAAUAUAAAAAAGAAAUAUUGGGCAACUUUGUGCUGUGAUUGACUUCCCUGAUGAACAAGUUUGUUCAUGAUUGCCCCUUCUCCUUUUCAGAUUUGAAUCAAUGACUGCCUUCAGAAUCUUUCCAGAAAUCGUACUAUCUCCUACUCUGACUCCAAAGUUUGCUGUUCCUGCAUAAAUUUUCUCCCUGAAGGAUAGUGUCAUACGACCACACAGUCACUGGUGGUGUUUGGAUAUAAGUGGGAUGGCCUAUUAUAGAUAAAUUUCUACCUUUUCUCACUGCUCAUCUAAUAUAAAUCUGUGAUUGGAUGGUUCUACCAUUUUUAUCCCAAUGUUUUAGGUUACUGGUUCCAUCAAGCUUGUAUUUUUUUUGUAGGUGUAGGUUCUACGACUUUAGUGUUGAAACAGGGUUGUAUACAACUUAAGCAUUGAUAUCAUUGUUCUUUUCAUUUAUAAAAUUUGACGUCAAGAAUCAAUCAUUGGAACGUAUGGUUACUGAAGUUCUACGAUGGGACCCCACAUUAACCAUUGGAUAAGUAUUUGCUUGAGUGGCUGGAUUUGUUCUUAUGUUCUUGGUAGAAUUCCACUGAUGAGAUUCACCAGCAGAUCUGAUUCAGAGGAUUAGCUUUCCUUAUUAGUCUUGAUUAGGAAACAGGGAAUGAUUUUCUGUUGGCUUCUUUUGAAUAUAGUUGGGUUCGGGUUACCAUCACACUGGAGAAUAGCAGCUAACAUUUAACAUAUUAUGUAUGGUUUGCAUUCUUCUGACAAGAAUAAAGCAGAACUAACUUGGAAACAACCCUCCAAGAAGGACUUGACUAAAAAAGGCUCAUUUAAUGUAUGUGUGAAAGCUGAAGUUCAACUCUUAUUUGACAUAUUUUUUCUAUACCUACGUUUUUCGUCAGUUUCCCAUACAAUGGAGAUGUAUUGAGAAGUAUUUCCAAUGAGCUUAAUUAUUGAUGUUUAAUAAUGCGAGGUAUGUUCAAAAAGUACUUUAAUGCCCUGUUAAUAGGUACUUUAAUCAUGCGAAGUAUUUUUAAAAUUUUGCGAAAUUUUCAUCUUGAACUUUUUUUCUUAUAGAAUCAAUACCCUGUUGAUAGGUCCCUUGUCUCCUAGCGCUAUAUGAGUAAUAUUUUUCUUUUUGGCCAUAUCAUAAAAAAUAGAAUCAUCAGUUGCGACUGUCACGAGUUGUUUUAACUGUUUUGACCAAUGAAACGCCUAUGGUUUGAUAUAUAAUUAAUUCUUCAUCCCUUUUUAUAGAGAGACGAACCAGUUCAAUAAUAGGCAACCCCUUUCAUCAACUCCGUAAACGAUUGAUGCUUUUGAGUCAACAUUACAUGUAGACACAUCACUCCUCUUUAAGAGGAGGAUGAGUACUUCUACACCCACAUACAUGCGAAGUUGGAACGUAAAGGUGCACAAGUAGGGAUUAUUGCGCCAAAAUUAAAAUCGCACAACAAGAGUGGGACCUUCAUCUGAGGAUAUGUCCAAACAUCUUCCACGCUCUGCAAUGCAAGGCCACUAUUAGUAGCAAAGAAGCCAAAGGGCUGAUACUUGGCUCUGCCAGUGCAGCAGAAUCCAAAUGAAGUUUCACUGAUGUAGUGCAACUUUAUCUUUAAAGUCACACUUUUGUGGUGCAACUUCAAGUGCCGUGCAGUGGUUCAGAUGGCAUUUGCUCUUCUAGAUUCUAAGUUCAAAUUUGUGCAUGUGCAGAAAAUGCUUUUUUAGAAGUUGCAUUUCACACGUGCGAUUUCAGAUGACGUGUUCAAAAAACUUGUCACACAGACUGCUUGUGUGGGCUGACAUCCAUGCAGGAGAGUGUUGACUGGUCAAAAUUAUGCUUUUUCCCAGAUGAAUGUUAGGCAUACUAUUUUUCAAAACGUGUUAUUUUACGAUAAUGGGUACAAUAAUUUAUUCUUUUUUGGUCGAUUUAUUUUGAUAAGGCAAUAGUAUAGCUUAUAAAUAUUAUCAUUUUAGGAUUCACUUGUAAACGUGUUCUCCAAUGAAGAACGUAAAUUGGGUUCAAGACUGCCUAUUUCUAUGUAUGUUAUUGUUCCAUUUUGAUCUCUCCUUUGGUCAAUUCAAUGAAAUAAUGAACCUAUGUAUUGAUAUGCAGCUUUAAUCGUAGCUAAAUGUUAAUGUCCAUUAAGGUUGGAAGUAGAAUAUAGUCGUAGAGGCUAUCAGCAUCACGUUCAUAUAUAUUUACUUUUUGUGAAAAUGGAAGUAUUCUUGAAGCUGAAUCAAUGACCACAACCGCCUGUCUUUUGGUUCAUAAGCUUAAUUUCGACUUUAAAUUUGCAUGGGCUCUUAUGUGUUAGCUCAAAGAUCAUUAUGUUCACAUUUUAUAAUAUUUGGAAUGAUGGAAAAAAAAGAAAAUUUUAUUAGGAUCUGAUAUCACAGGAAAAGUUUUUCUUUUCUGGUAGCUGAUGAUUUUCUCUGAUCAUCUGGUGGAGAUUUAAAGCCGAGUGUGAUUACAGGCACAAAAGAUAGGAAUUUGACCGAAUUUGAACAAAUAUGGAGCUCCCCUUAUUGCUAACGUGGAACUUCUAUCGUGAGAAUUAUUUGGAAGUUAUUUAAAUCCCACGUUGAACCACAUAGAUUGCGAUUAUUGUCUUUUCGUCGAAUUUUUUGCUCUUUUUUACCAUAAGAUUUUAAUGGUAUCUAGAGUUUCUCGGUGCUAUCACAUUCUUAUUGCAGAUUGAUGAUUGAGGCCAUUGAUUUUAGAAUGGUUCUUUGUUCUGAACUGCACUUUUGGCUGGUAUUAUACACCAGCGACUCUAGUAUCCUAUGGCCAUUUCAGUGCGUUUUGCAAAAAAACGUAAAAAUUUAGAUGGAAAAGGUUACCUUGUUGGGGACAGGUGACAGAUAUGGUGCAUUUUAUCCUUUUUCUUUAAGUUUUACUCUUCAUCAUCAUUUAAUCAGCCACUAAUCAAGAAGUGAAACGGGAAAUUAAAAAAAAAUCCUUGAAUGAAAUUUAAACAACAGCCUUAACUUUCAAAUUACGCUUUAACAAAACAGCCCCCAGUUUGAUGUGAUCUGGCCCCCAGGAGUUGGCUUAAAGUGGCAUUACAGAUCUGUAACAUUCGAAGUUGUCAGGAAAACUAAUGAAUGAUGUUUAGAACUUCAAACAGAAAUAGUCCUUGUUUUAUCUCAAUAUCUCACCGAUCCAGUGAAGUGUCCUCAAAGACAGUGUGACAGAAAAAUAUUUGAAAUGCUUAGAUGUGAUCGGAAAACCUUGUGAGACAAGUUAUUUGGUUUAGUGCUGAUGUAUCAAAUCAGAAUAAUGAUUUGUUGUGUAGUAUGGCUUAUUCAAGAGGUUUGUUCCAAAGCGUGGGGGGAAUAGGGCUAGAGAUUAAUUGAUGGCAUGCUGUCAACGACCUCGGAAGAACUGAAAGCUACGUAGUCGGCUAAACUUGCCUGAGCCUCCUUGAUUACUUUUCAAUCUCGUAAUGGAUGUAAGUUUACGCCUCAGCUGUGUGCUCGAGCAGUUGGACUAAUAUCUUCAAUUCUCAAUGUGAAAUUGCUUAUACGGCAGCAGAUGUAGAAAUGAUUGCAUGAUUCGUUGGCUGAGUGUGUAAGUAAUUUAUAGAAGAAAUUGUCCUAUAUAUGAACAGUAAUUAAUGAGUUACACUGCUUCUAUUGAUUGCUGCAUGUUUGUCUCUUUUGAGACUAGCUCUAGGUUACUUGAAAUCCUAUAUCCAUCACUAUUUUCCACCGGAUGUUCUAUGUCUUCUUUAGAUCCUGGCACGUUCGGGAUGGGCAUCUGUAACCUUUAGCCUCUGUUUUGCAGUAUUUCCUGUACCAGAUCCUCCGAGGAUUGAAAUACAUACACUCAGCCAAGGUUCUCCACAGGGACCUAAAACCAAGCAACCUUCUUCUAAAUGCCAACUGUGAUCUGAAGAUAUGUGAUUUUGGGCUUGCUCGGACAACUUCUGAAACUGAUUUCAUGACAGAGUAUGUUGUUACAAGGUGGUAUAGAGCACCAGAAUUGUUGUUGAAUUCUUCAGAAUACACGGCGGCCAUUGAUGUUUGGUCUGUGGGUUGCAUAUUUAUGGAGUUGAUGGAACGAAAACCAUUGUUCCCGGGGAGAGAUCAUGUACAUCAACUUCGCUUACUAAUGGAGGUAAAAUCAUGGUCCCUAAAAAGUGCUUCUUCUGAGUUGAUUCUCGACUAAUAUUAAAAAUUAAAUUUAAAAAAAAAAGGAAUUGCAUUUUUUUCGAUUUUUUUUUUUUACCAAUUCUCACAUCAGAAAUGUCUCUUGAUGAUAUUCUAUGUUCUUGCGGUUGCUAGUUACAUCACCAUGUUCUUGUCAUCACCUGUUGAUUUAAGGUCUGUGCUCUGCUCUAAAGCAGCAGCCCAGCUUGCCUAUCGUCGUGGUAUGAUGACAUUUAGACGAGCAAUAUGUCAUAAGUAGGUUAUUUAGCAGCAAUACAUCACCAUGUUCUCAUUACCAGACAACCUCGGCUAAGUCUACUGACCUUCUUGGCACUUCACUGGAUAUUUCUUUGUGGCACUAAAUCAUUAUUCAAUCCAAUCGCGGUAAACCUCUUCAGUAGCCUAGUUUUUUUUUUUUAUUAUUUUAUUUUAUUUUAUUUUAUUUGAGCAACUGUAACUGAGGAGUGUGAUAUACUUUUCAAGGUGUAUUUUGACGAUCUCACUCAACUCAUCUGAACCCAAAACCCAAUAAAGUUUGUACAUCACUAUAAAUCAUAUGAGCAUAUUAUCACACAUCAAGAUGGGCAUAACACCCCCGCCCGCCCCCUUUUACCUGCCUUUUCCGGGCGUAUUUCUUAGUGUCGUUAGUGCUAUAGAAAGAGUGUCAUUAAGAGCAUAACCCAGAAGAACCCUGCAGUUAAUUGGUACUCCGAAUGAAAAUGAUCUGGGAUGUGUGAAUGAAAACGCAAGGAGAUAUCUCCGGCAGCUCCCUCAUCAUGCAAGGCAGUCCUUCCCCGAGAAGUUCCCCCGUGUCCACCGUGCUGCCAUCGAUCUCGUCGAAAGGAUGUUGACGUUUGACCCCAGGCAGAGGAUCACUGGUAAGCUGGAUCCCCGUAUUUCUUAUUGAUUCGUAAAUAUCUCUUCUACUUACAGAGGCUGCUUUUCGCACUCUUCAGUUCCAUAGAGCACGCAUUGUUUUGGGGAAAAAAUUAUUUAUUUUUAAUGGGCAGAAACUGGACAUACCAUUUACCCGGUUUUUUUGUUUUCUAAUUACCGAUUGCUUGGCCUGAAUUGAGAAAAAUGAGGUGGUUUUCUACAUCAAAUGAGGCUUUUUAUAUGCCCAAACCCCCGCCCAUCAAAAUAUUUUCUAUUUUUGGUGGAAAAUAGAAAAUAGAAAAUAGAAACCCACCCUGUAUUGCCGAAAAUCAUGCCCCAACCCAUCCGCUCGAUCUAUGUUUCGCUUCGUCGGCCUCUUGAUCUUGAUUUCUCCUUUUGGAAAAGCGGCUCCCAAUCUCGCCUGGUUCUUCCCCAAAUCCACUUAUUUUUCUCGAUUUCUUGCUUGCAGUCGAGGAGGCCCUGGCGCAUCCCUACCUGGCCACUCUGCACGACAUCAGCGACGAGCCGGUCUGCCCUUCCUCGUUCAGCUUUGACUUUGAGCAGCAUGCGCUGACCGAGGACCAGAUGAGGGAGCUCAUCUACUGGGAGGCCCUCGCUUUCAACCCAGAGUACCAGCAAUAA